GAGAAGCCAGGAUAACUGGCAAGAGUGUCCUGUUAUUUUCCUUUCAGCCCAGGUCUCACUAAGGCAAUACCACAUCCUGGCUUCAGCUCUUUCCUUCAAGUACUGACUUCCUUUUGCUUUAGUCCUCCUCCCUUUCUACAGAUCAGCUACCUAAAGUGAUUCCUUAGCCAUUAAAAAACUAAGCAGCACCUUUUCACCUGCAUGUACUGGUGAACAGCACUGUCAGCUGCAGGGUGUAAACUUUAUUCUCCUUCCCACCAGAAGCAGAGUGGUUCCCUUAGGUUGCCUUACUGAGGGCCACAAGGGAUUCUGUACCAUGUGCAUCCAGACUUCUCUUAAGAGAGAUUUGUACACCCCAAAUGCUGUAUGCUGGUGGGAGGGGCACUAACAGCAAAUUUGCAAGUGCUCCCCAAGCCUGAGCAGCUUUCUGAUUGCCUUCAGCAGGUCAUUUAGCAGAGAUCAUUUCCAUCCUCCCAGCUCAGGUGUGCUCUGCUGGGCUGAGGCCUUAGGCUUGGGUAGAGGAGGUCUAGGGCCGUGGCAAGGGAAGUUCCCUUUGUUUCAGUGAACAACCCAGCUGCUUUUUAAGAGCUGGAGGGACUCAGUCCUUGGUCCUAGAGACAACUGGGGUGGGGAAAGGAGAGACAUUGGUUCUUGGAUAAAGUCUUUGGGCUCCCUGGGCAGGUCAUGGGAAUGAUGUUGGCUAUAUCAUAAUGCAUGUCUGAAAUGAGUAGUGCACUGUCCUUCACAUGUAUCUGUGCCUGAUCUGCCAGCUCUCAAGCAGGUAACUCCAAAGAUCUGCCUGGAGGAGAGAUCCCAAGCUCUUUUGAUUUAAGUGGCUUGGGAAGAGAGGAGGCAGCUGACAAGAGGAAUGCUGAAGACACUAAUGAAGAUAAACUGCUAUGACAGGAGGUUGAGGAGGACAGGACCUGAACAGCUGAACAGUGGAAACGACCUGGUUUCUCCACCUCUGCAUUCUAGAGUGAAUGGCUGGUCUUUACCACUCCACUGCUUCCAGAUUGUUGCUUUGCUGCUAUACACAUACCUGGCUAUUGUGGGAUUUGGGAUCUACAUACCUUUGCUUCCACAUGGGUGGAAACAUACUGCCUAUGCUGUGAUUGGUAUACUUUUUGUGCAUCAUUUAAUUGCUCACUUGAUUGCCAUCACUAUUGACCCAGCAGACCAAAAUGUGCUGGCCAAGAAGAACUACAACAACCCCAUGCCAGUCUUUGACAGAAGAAAACACAGACAUGUCAUCCAGAACCAGCACUGUUAUCUCUGUGAAGUAGAUGUAGGGCCCAAAGCCAAACACUGUAGUGCCUGUAAUAAGUGCAUUGCAGACUUCGAUCACCACUGUAAGUGGCUCAAUAACUGCGUGGGAGGCAAAAAUUACUGGUUUUUCUUCAAUGCUGUUGUUUCUGCCGUUCUUGGUGUCUUCUUCCUGGUAGUAGUGAUCCUGUAUGUCUUCAUCCAGUACUUUGUGAAUCCAGAAGAACUCCGCACAGGUUCUCAGCUUGAAGGAGCCAGUGGAAACACAACAUGGCUGGCCUUUCUUCCUGCUGCUCCAGUGGAGACCACAGCAGCUGGAAUCCUGGUAAUCGCGGUGAUCACUGUACUUUUGGGAACUGCAUCACUCCUGCUGCUGGGACACUUGUUGGGAUUUCAUCUGUACCUUUUGGGUAAGAAGCUGAGUACUUUUGAUUAUAUGGCACGGUACCGGCGCACAUCGAGUACGAGGGACCAGAGAGUUGAUUUGGAGGCUACAAAAAAUCCAUCUGACAGAAUGGACCCCCUGCAGGAUAUGUAUUUAGCAAGGCAAAAAAAGGAGUGUGAAGUUCCAGUUACAUCUAGGACCAGGCAUCAGGAAGCUGGACAACUCUCUAUUAAACCCCCAAGUGUCAUAUGCACUGAAACUUCAGAUGUUGCUUCCUUUACCAGUUUGUCUCUGAGUCCACAGACUGUGCCAAAAAGACCCAAAGAAACUACCUGUCACAAUAGUAAUCAGAACAUAGAAGUAAAUGCAGCUGAAACGAUAAACUUGAGAGCAGACUCGCAGCCUAACUGUGACCAAUCGCUAAAUAGGUCUCAUCAGGAAAAUCUCCAUGAGAAUCCCAUGAUGAAUAGCACCGCUCCAAAGCAAUCUAGAGACAAAGACAGACUGGUCAUCUCUGAUGAGGUCCUAAGCCCUGCUGAAAAUGGAAGGUCUGAUGCUCUUCUUGAGGCACAGGCUCGGGCAGAAGAAGACACUGAAAUGUCACAGAGUGGAGGUUUUGCUUUUCCGUCAGCAAACAGAAAUGUCUCCCCUGAAACAUUUUUUUCAGACUUGAAAAGUAACCAAAAGUAAUACUGACUAAAGAAUGGGAGCCCUGGUUAUGAUUGGCUUGUGAGGGACAAACAGCUUUGACAUAUGUUAUACCUACUAGAGAUAUCUAUAACACUGCUGAGAGCUAUCUGGAUUCAUCAUUUUUGAGGGUUACAGUGUAGUGGAGGUAAAAAAAAAAAAAAAAGUGUGCGGUCAUUUUAAGAGUAGGUUGGCAUAAUGUCUCAGGUAUGCUGUAGGCAUUGCUGUCUACCACUGUCUUCCCCCUGCUUUCUGUUUGUGCUUAUACAAGUUAUCUCCCUCUGGCCCCACCCACUUUGCUCACUUCAUUACAAGAUGUGAUCGGUGUUGGAGCUGAGAAAGGACUUGCUGCGUCUGAGCUUGUAGCACCUGCUGCUGAAGUGGCCAGUGGGGAGGGGUAACUGGCAGGGAGAACAACGCUGUUCACCUGUUCAGGGAGAGAGAAAAGUGAAGAGGCAAGUAUCAUUUUGAAUGGUAGCAACAAAGGGUACUAGUCCCAAAAGGUGAAGGGGUGGGAUUAGUUUUAUGGAGACUGAAUGAAUGUUCACCAGGAAGAACAUUCCACCUUCAAGAACAUGUUGUGUCACCUUGUCUGUUUUUCAUUACUUGUGUGUCAAACCAUUUUAAACAAAAGAACUAGUUCUUCAUAAUUACAGUUAACAUUGAAAAAAAGCGCAGUUUGAGAAAAGUCUUGGGUUAACAUCUCUUUCUCAAAGCUACUUUUGCAAGAAAGUGGAUGAUCCUUUGAGUUAUGCCUUGAAAAUGAUUCCCCAUUUUUUCAAAUAGUUCCAGGUUUAAUUAUUGAAAAAACAAAAGAACAAAACUUUCUGAUGAGCUUUGGUUAUUGACGCAUUUUAAUGGAUUCUGAAUUUGGUGUUCCAGUUAACUUUUAAGAUAAAUCUUCUUUUAUUUUGAAAAUGUAUAGUUAAGUAUAUUUUGCACAAAGGGAAAAGGAUACAUGUGCAAUACGCUAGAUGUGGAAAUAUGUAUUUAAUUUAUACAGAAGCGUUUAGCUAACUGACUUAAUUUUUAUUCCUUGCAUGAACUGAAGUGAAGUGGUCUGAAGGGGAAGGCAGUUAUUUAAUGAUUCAGUUCUUUUUAUGUGAAUUGUAAGAAAGUAAGUUAAUGAUGAAACCUAUAAAUAAAGUUCCUAUUUCAUAAAUGAAGAAGAGGGGGAAAUAAACUUGCUUUUAAACUGUU